CCUGCUGUAAACGUUAUCUAAGGAUUAUUUUUUACUAUCAAAAAUAAGCCAUGUUUAUAAUUGUGGCUGGUUCACUAAACUAUUAUUUUCUAUACAAAUAUAUUUCCACAUACAUUCGUUUGAAGCAUCCUAAUACUUCUGCAUCCCCAGUCCAAUAGGUGGCGCUAAAACUUCAUGAAACAACUUGAUGGUUGGAUACGAUAUGAAAACCAGGAAGUAACUAUUAUGCUCCUCUGCUUUGAAAGAUGGAGAAAACUACGAGCGAGACCCGUCAAAAAACAUUUACAUGCCAGUUGUGUGGUUUAAGCAGUCCCUUUACUUACGUCGGCCAGAAACCACCAAACACCAGAGCCAUUGUGUUGCUUGAGGAGUGUUUUGUGACUCAGGACCCCUUUAGUCCGGACAAGGAAAAGUUCCUUGUUUUAGGCUCUACCUGCAGCGUGUGCAGCAUGUGUGUCUGUGUUGGAUCGGACUGCAGCCUUUUCUACACCAAGAGGUUUUGCAUGCAGUGUGUGAGCAAGCACUUGGACCAGUUCCCCCGUCAAAUUCAGGCCGAGCUGGCCAAGAAGAAGCAGAGCUCCAAGGCUGCCGUCUCGUGACAUCCAACAAGAGGUCCAUAGCAUUCUCACCAAUAGAAGAGAAAUGUUUGAUUGGUGAUUUAAAGAGUCCCAAAUGUGCCAAGGUGCUUUACCAGCACUCUUUUAUCAAACUCCUACUGAACCAAACUCCAUAUGAAAAAUUGGAACAUCCUGUACUUAAUUAGCAAUGUGUUUUAUUUAGGUGGGAAAUUAACUCUACACAUCAGUAAAAUACUAGGUUAUGCUUAGUAAGGUCAGGCUGUCGUAUUAGCUUUCAGGGUGUUAUUUGUUUUGUUUUUGUUUCCAGAGAGUUUACUAGAACGGGUGUGACUAGUGUUGCUGGACCCCUGAUGGAUUGUGUUUACAGGCUCAGGAUCAACGCUGCUGGUUUGCAGCAAUUAAAAAUGGCUCCCAAUUAAAAUUCUGAAGUCAUGUACUGUAUGUGCAUAGUUGCCCUGCAGUUGCUCUGAAUUUUCUGUUAGAAAAAAAAAAACAUAUCUUAUCGCUUAUUAUUUUUUAAAGAUUAUUUUUGGGGCAUUUUAGGCCUUUAUUUUUGACAGGACAGCUGAAGACAUGAAAGGGAAGAGAGAGGGGGAAUGACAUGCAGCAAAGGCCCGCAGAUCGGAGUCGAACCUGGGCCCGCUGCGUCGAGGAGUAAACCUCUAUAUAUGGGCGCCUGAUCUACCAACAGAGCAAUCCGGGCGCCCCCCUUAUUUCUAAUUCUUAAACCAUGAUGGUCAAUUUUUGCCCAUUGCUUGUUCAGCCCAAUUCAGCAACUAUUCUGGGCUUUUUACUAACUGUUUUAACACUAUUAUUAUUAGUAUGUACAACUCAAAAGAAGAUGUGGAGGUAAUAGCAUUUCCCAAGACCAGUUGCUGGGCUGAUUUAAAAAA